AUGGCCGCGAACACCGAACCGAACACCGAAGCGUCCGCCGCGGUGCGCGCCGCUCUCUUCUUUCUGCUCCUUACGACUAUCCCCGUUGAGGCCUUUGGACAGUCCUCGGCCCUCGAAGUCGAGUGGCCAACCCGACGCUUGUGGGUCGGCGCCAAGGUCGAUCAGGUCGUGGUACGGGCGCUCGCGGCUGACGGCACGACGGCGAAGACGGUCAACGGCCCGCUCGCCAUCGAAGGCUUUACCGCAACGUCGAGCCCCGCGUUUGUUGGUGGGGUCGCCAAGGUUUCGGGGACGCUGAUCGCGGAGCGCCUUACGUUGUCCGGCGCGGGACAGACCCUCGAAGCCGAAGUGCCAACGCUCGACGGGCUAUGGUCGUUGUUACCGGCCUUACUCGCGAUCGCACUGGCGCUAAUCACGCGCCAGGUUCUGCUGUCCUUGUUCGGCGGUGUUUGGCUUGGCGCGGUCUUGCUCUAUCAGGACGUCCUCGCCGCCUUUCCGCGAUCGCUCGACAUCGUCGUGGGGGUCACGGCGGACUCGGACAAGCUCAAGAUCAUCAUCUUCACCAUGUUGAUGGGCGGCCUCGUCGGAAUCAUCAGCAACAACGGAGGAACGAAUGGCGUGGUCGAACUCAUUGCCCGUCGCGCGAAGUCGCGGCGCUCGGGAAUGAUCGCGACCUGGGCGAUGGGGAUGGUUGUCUUCUUCGAUGACUACGCCUCGUCGUUGUUGAUCGGCACCACGAUGCGUCCGAUCACGGACCGACUCUCGAUCUCGCGCGAGAAACUCUCGUACAUCGUCGACUCGACGGCGGCGCCGAUUUCGAGUCUUGCGCUCAUCUCGACCUGGAUCGGUUACGAAGUCACUGUGCUUGGUGAAGCGAUGAAGGCGUCGGGCAUUCAGCGCGACGCGUACGAGGUGUUCAUCAGCGGCAUUCCGUCGCGCUUCUAUCCGAUCUUUGCGCUCCUCUUUGUCUUCAUCGUCGGGUGGACCGGUAAGGACUUUGGGCCGAUGCUCAAGGCCGAACGACGCGCCCGCGACGAAGGCAAGCUGAUCCGGGACGGUGGUGAGCCGUUGAUGGAUGCAGGCCUGGUCGAAGAGGCGGACCAGAUGAAGGCCGUCGCGGGUCGAUGGUGGAUGGCGGCGGUGCCGUUGGUGGUGUUGGUCUCCACGGUGAUCGUGGUGUUGUUCGUCACCGGCCUGGCCGCGGCCGACGGGGACCCGAAGGGUUACGCUCAAGCGCAGGCCGUUGGCCCGGUUCGAAUGCUCGGCUACAUCCUCAGUAACUCCGCGUCGUACGACGCACUGGUGUACGCGGGCGGACUUUCGGCGGGCGUUGCGUUUGCCAUGAGUUUAGGCGCGCUGUCGCUGAAGAAAACCGUCGACGCAUUCGUCAGCGGACUUCGGGCGAUGACGCUCGCGAUCGUCGUGCUGUGUUUGGCCUGGUCGAUCGGCAAGGUCAUGAACGACCUGCACGCGGGCGACUACGUCGCGAAUCUCAUCGGGACGGCGAUUCCGGCGUGGUCGAUUGGUGUGGUGACUUUCAUUCUCGCCGCGCUGAUUUCGUUUUCGACCGGCACCGCUUGGGGCACGAUGGCGAUUCUCUUCCCGAUCAUCAUCCCGGUGGUUGCGUUGCACACGGGCGAUGCGAACUUCGACACCUACUUACUCGGUGCGUCGAGUGCGAUUCUUGCGGGUGCCGUGUUCGGGGAUCACUGUUCGCCGAUCUCGGACACCACGAUUCUGUCGUCCAUCGCGAGCGCGUCGGACCACGUCGAUCACACCAGAACGCAGGCGCCGUAUGCGCUGUUAUGCGGCAGCGUCGCGAUCGCUAUCGGCUACAUUCCGUUUGGACUAGGCGUCCCGGCGUGGGUCUUGGUCGUCGUGGGCGUCGCGGUUCUCGCCGGUGUUCUUCACUUCGUCGGCGAUCGCUGA